AUGCCUGGUGAGUUAGACCAGCCUCAGGCAGGCGCCUCACAUGCUGGGAUGGUCCGGCAGGAUUCUGAGGUAAAUGGGCCUUGGGUCCCGGGAGGAGUGAGGCCUAAAGCCGGUGCCCUAGGGCCGAGGUCCUGGAUCCAAACAGUUCUUGAGCAAGUAAGAGACUCGCCUCUCCAGUGGGUCACCCCCUCGGAGGUAGCUCCUGUCGCUGUGCUGGCCGUCCAACGGUACCUGUUAGAAGACGAGCCGGGAGACAUACUUCCCAAACCGUCCCGUUACGGCUAUGAUGUGACCAUCUCAGACGGGGUGUACCAGGAGAAAUGCUGCCUCCAUCCCAGACUGAACUUCCUGGUGUCUAAAAAUAUCCUGAGACCUGGCAUCAAAAUGAGAAUUUUCAGAGUCUCGUGUCUUUACAACGAGAAAAGGUUAGGCCAGGGAAUCCUGUGCAUUGAUAACAUCGACUGUAAGGAGGAGACCUUGGACACCAUUUCUUUAGCAACUCCCUUCAGAAAUAGUGCGCACCAGGAAAUACCGGAAAGACCCUUAAGAGGCGGGAAGAGUCAUUACCUGGCCCUGUGGAAUAACGAAGACCCAUAUGGAGAUAUCUGGUUAACGAACAAGCAACCUGAGGAAUACAAUUUCAACAAUACCAAAAUAAUUUCUCUUGCUCACCUUGAAAUGAGCUGGACUAAGAGGACGAAUUAUCCUGCUUUGCUUGUGAGAAUCAUGUAUAAAUCAAGACUAAGAUACUAUGGAAAACCCGAUAAAAAGAUGAUUGAGCCAUACCAGACCUUUUUGGAAGUUGCUGACAGUUCAGGAACUGUAUCAGUGAUCAUGUGGAAUGCCCUGUGUCCUGAGUGGUAUAAAUGUUUGCGGGUUGGCUCAGUUCUUCUGCUUCAAGAUUAUUCUGUUAAAAAGAGUUUUCCAUUCAGGCUGCAGCCUCUCCCUGUGGAUCCACAGAUCAAACUAAUUUCUACUAUGGAGGUCUGCCUGAACCUUCGAGAUCCUCCAACUAAUAUAAAUAUCAUUCCAGAAGGGCAGGUGAAACCAGAAUGGAGAUUGCCAAAGUUAAAUCAUCGCUUUAUCACAAGGUCAGAACUGGAUGAUAUACCAGAAAAGCAAAUCUGUGAUGUUGUUGGCGUUUUAGUUUUUGUAGGAAGGGUCCAGCGGUUAAAAAAGAAAGAAUACGGUGAAGAUUUUUGGUCAUAUCGCUGGAUUCACAUUGCUGACGGGACUUCAGAACAACCAUUCAUUGUGAAACUGUUUUCUACAUCUCAGCCAGAAAUCUUUGAAAAUAUUUGCCCAAUGACAUAUUUCAUGUGUACACAGUUGAAAGUUGUCAGAAAUAACAAUCAAGUACCUAAACUGCUUUACCUCACCACUACAAAUGAGAGUCAAAUAUUUAUUAUCGGUCAUAGAGGCCAGCCAUAUGCCAAUGAUACCAAAGUAAAAAGUUUUAUUCACCGGAUUAAAACAAAGACUGAUUCUGGGGAAAUGAAGAAUACUGUUAUUGGAGGAUAUUACCCCUAUCCCCCAGUGCCAGAGACAUUUUCGAAGUAUAGUACUUCUGUAAAAGUUCAGUCGCUCCUGACAGCUAUAAGUGAAGUGAGGAAGGAGAUUGAAAACUUGCAGUAUAGGGAACAAAAACGCAUUGCAAUUCAGGGGAUAAUUACUAUUAUAAAGUAUGUACCCCAUAGCAGUGCAACUGGAAGUUCCUCAGCAUCAGAAACAGUUCAGAAUGUUAACCAACCCUCAACAUCCCAAACAGCAAUAAAAGAAAGUCAAAGUCAGGAACUAGAUGGUAAACAGCAUCAAGAUGAUGGUUCUGUGAGUUGUCAAACUACAUGUACAAGUUUGAGCCCUCCCAAGAAAAAAAGGAUUCUUCAAGGGCCAUUUGCCAAACUAGUUCCUAUACCUCAGCCAGAAACUUCUGCACAAACAAGAGAAAAUAUACCAGACACACCAAGCAUCUUCCAACGUAGAGAAAGUGCAAGCACUGGUAUUAAAUGGAAAGCCAGAAAAACUCUAACUCAUAGAUGGGAAAGUCAACUGUGGAGAGAGAAAAAGUUUGGCUUAAGAGAACACCUAUGUUACAGAUUUGUUUAUCCUGAAAGUAUUCCACGGAAAUUUAUUUUCGAACACAAAAAUUUUCUUAUUCAGCAGUAUAUCUGUCAGCCUGCAAAAUACAUAGCACCAGAAGAAAGGCCCCUAAAAGUUAGUGAUUUUAAGAGUGCCCGAAGUCCUGGACAUUUUGAAGUAACCAUCCUAGGUCUGAACCAUGAGAGAGCAAUUGAUGUUGCAUUUCUACCCCUGUACUGUCCAGAAGAUAUCCGAACAUCUCAAAUAGACACAUUAUUAACCUGUAUGAAUUACAGCUGUGUGUAUCCACAGGAAGUAACUGAUUCUGAGAGGAUGCCAGGUACAACAGCCCUUGCAGGUGAUAUUAUAAAAGCAGUAACUGAACUGGAUAGAGUGCAUGUCAUCUGUAUCUUGGAUAUCUGUAAUUUGGGUGACAACAAUGUAGAAGUCUAUAUACAUAAAAUUUAUAGACCAGAUAAUGCUCCUUAA